GGCGUGCGGUGAGGAGCGGCGGGGUCGGGCGGCUUAUGUUCUUCCACGCGGUUAAACUGCCAGUUCCCACCGCCGGCGGGCGGGAGCGGCCUCUGUUGGCGGUGCGGGGUCGGGUCGGUCUCCUCCAGGAGGGAAGAGCUGCAGUUCCUGCCCGAAGUGUGCUGCGUGCUGCAGCGGUCGGACAGCAACCUCUGCCGCUGUAAUCGCGGCGACCUACAGUGAUCUUCCUGAAACUACCGUCCUACAUGAAGGUCAUCACUUGCGAGAUAGCGUGGCACAACAAGGAGCCUGUGUACAGCUUGGACUUCCAGCACGGAACUGAUGGGAAGAUCAACCGACUGGCCUCCGCAGGUGUGGACACAGCUGUCCGGAUCUGGAAGGUGGAAAAAGGACCGGAUGGAAAAGCUAUUGUGGAAUUCUUGUCCAAUCUCGCCCGCCAUACCAAAGCAGUAAAUGUCGUGCGCUUCUCUCCCAGUGGUGAAGUCCUUGCAUCUGGUGGAGAUGAUGCUGUUAUUUUAUUAUGGAAGCUGAAUGAUAGCAAAGAAUUGGAACCACUGGCUUUUCAGGAUGAAGAUGAAGCGCAGCUUAACAAGGAGAACUGGACAGUUGUUAAAACUUUAAGAGGCCACUUAGAAGAUGUGUAUGAUAUCUGUUGGACUUCAGAUGGGAAUUACAUGGCGUCUGCCUCUGUAGAUAACACAGCUAUCAUGUGGGAUGUCAUUAAAGGACAGAAGGUUUCAAUAUUAAAUGAACACAAGAGUUAUGUCCAAGGAAUAACCUGGGAUCCUCUAGGCCAGUACAUUGCAACUCUGAGUUGUGAUAGGGUUCUGCGGGUAUACAACACACAAACCAAGCGUGUGGCAUUCAAUGUUACCAAGAUGCCAUCUGAGUCAGGAGCUGAAGGAGAGGCUAGGAGCUAUCGGAUGUUUCAUGAUGACAGCAUGAAAUCAUUUUUCCGCAGACUCAGUUUUACUCCUGAUGGUUCCUUACUGCUCACUCCAGCUGGCUGUGUUGAAUCAGGAGAAAAUGUGACAAACACCACAUAUGUUUUCUCCAGAAAUAAUCUUAAAAGGCCCAUGGGUCAUCUGCCCUGUCCAGGAAAGGCAACUCUUGCUGUUCGCUGCUGCCCAGUCUACUUUGAGUUGAGACGAGCACUUAAUAAAGAUGAAAUCAGUCAGAAAUCAUCGCCCGCUCUAUUGAAUCUACCCUAUCGAUUGGUGUUUGCUGUUGCUUCAGAAGAUUCUGUGCUUUUUUAUGACACUGAGCAGUCUUUCCCUUUUGGUUAUGUUUCUAACAUACAUUAUCACACCCUCAGUGACAUUUCAUGGUCCAGUGAUGGAGCCUUUCUUGCUAUUUCUUCUACGGAUGGAUACUGUUCGUUUGUUACCUUUGAGAAGGAUGAACUGGGAAUACCACUGAAGGAAAAGCCUCAAAUAAAUGUCAGGACUUCUGGUGCAACAGAGAAGAAAGUGAAGAAGAGUCAACCACACAAAGUCAUUUCCCCAGGCUCAAGGCUGACAGAGGGAACUCCUCUGAGCGCUCCCACUCUCCAACCUAAAACGCCUGUAGCUGCUGCUAAGGACUUGCCUUUCACACCUGUUGGCACAAAAAAUGUUCCAGUCUCAUCUUCAGAGGAGAGGAAAAUCAGCCAGCCAGCCAGCCAGAGUACUAAAGGAAACCAGCCCAGGAGGAUUACUCUCAACACUUUACAAGCGUGGAGCAAGACGCCAAGGAGAAUAAACUUGGUAUCACUGAAACCAGAAACACCAGCCUCAGUAUAUACAGACACGGUUCCUGUGCCUCCUUCCUCAGAACAGGAACAUGAGAGGCCAUUACCAUCUGAUGACAGUCUUCAAAAUUCCCCAGCAUCUAAACGUCCUAGAACUGAGGAAAUGCCUCUUUCUGUGUCUGCUGAAGAUCAGAUCGGCUGCAAACCAAACAAAUAACAGCUGGUUUCUUAGAAGAUUCUUCAAUCUGAACACAGUGCGGCCGUAUCUUUCUGCAGAUGAUAAAUCCUCAAUUCCUGAUUAAAGUACUGUAUGAGUAUUUGACGUAGUGCUGUGAGUAGUCUGGCAGCAGUAGACAGUUUUCAGGAACGUAGCUUUACGGGAGAGGAAAUAACUCUGAAGUGUCUUCAAAGUGUGGAUCUAUUUCUUGAAGACUGCGUUCUUCGAUGCUGCAGUUCAAGGAAAUCAUGCAAAUUUGGCUAUCAAAAAGCCAUACCCUAACCUAAGUGUUUCCAUCUGAAUUUCCUGAGUUGGUGUUUAUAAUGUAUCGUGUCCUCCAGCAACCUGUCUGGCAAGUAAAUAGAAUUUCUCAGGAAUUGGGUUCAUUCUGAUUUGAUGUUGCUUAAGGAAAAUGGAAGAAACAAAAUACCUGAAGCUGUUUCACUGGGGCAGUUGGCUUAUACAUUGUAGCAAUGUGCUGAAUAAUUGGUGCUCUCCUGUACCUGUGGAAUGGAAGCAAACCUUCUUACGCUCUGAAUGUGCAGCAUGCAGUGUGGCUGAUACUGAAAUAGAAAUCAGAAGCUAGAACAGCAAAAAAACAGAAAGCAGAAGGAAGACAUUUUCUGAAGACCUGUUAUAAGCAUUAAGCAGUGGAAGAAGCUUCUUCACUGAACAAGGAAGUGUCUAUAUUGACAAAAAUGAAGACAUGAGAUUUUCCUGAGGCACCAAGAUUUGAAUUCGUACAUUAAAAGUGCACAAAAAGCUUUCCCCAGUUCUUUUUUUAUAACUCAAAUUGUUUUGGCCAACAAAAUAAAACCUGAAUCCAAUGUAUGUUACACUUUUAAAAUCUGAUUUAUUUAAUAUUUCCUAUAAUUAAACUAUGACCUACAAUUGGAAACCACUGCACUGAAUUUCAUCUGGUGUGUGAAGACUCCAGAAGUAGAGUGCUCAGCCACAGCAUUCCAAGCCUAUCCAUUUCAUUAGUUUUGUUUAAUAUCAGGUAUUUAUUUUUGAGAAGAUAAUACUUAAAAUGUAAAUAGUUAUUCUAGUAAAUAGUUAUAUCUAGUUAACGAUACCAUGUAGACAAAAAAUUCUCUUGUGAUUUAGUCCAUACUUUUCUGUCAUGAAGUUCUGAGAUGCAUGGGAGGGGAAAGCGAGAAUGGGUAUUAAAUCUCUUCAAUUUCCCUGGAUUUGAUUGUUUUUAAGGUGUCUAGUUAGUGUUUGUUUUCUGUCAUUCUCGAAGUAUAUAAAUGCAUCAGACAUGCAGAAAUAGAAAUGUUUCAAAAGUGUUUCAUAAAAAUUCCACAAAGAAAUGCUUACAGAUACCUAUCCCCCAGAAAGUUUCAGGCAAAUAGAAAUAUGUUAACUACAAUCAAACUUCAACAGGAGUUAAUAGGAACUAACUGUAUUUUUCUUUAAACCACUGAGAUGAGGGUAGAACUUUACUGGACCUAGCCAAACCUGGGAUUUCUUACAGACAGGAGUGAAAAGUCUAUUACCAAGUGAAGCUACAUCUGAAACAGUUUUUUUCCCUGAAAUCUGUAGAAAUAAAAUUCGUAGAGAUCUGAAUUGUUAGCUAAAAAGCAAAUAUUUGUAACUAAUACAGUAAUGCAUUUGUGGAAGGUUUUUUUGUUUGUUUGUUUGUUUGUAUAUCUGUUGCUAACACAACAGUGUGUGGUUUGGGUUUGGUUUUUUUUUGCUUGAGUUAUAAGAACAGCAGUAUUUCAUGUUUCUGUGGGACAGCGACCCACUUAAUACUUCAGAGAUUCAUUUUGUGCACUGCAAAGGGUCCUUUGAGUUCAAACUUACAUUUCUAAAUGCUGAUUGCAAAGCUAUCCUAUUGGUUGCUUUUUCUUUUCUUUUCUUUUCUUUUCUUUUCUUUUCUUUUCUUUUCUUUUCUUUUCUUUUCUUUUCUUUUCUUUUCUUUUCUUUUCUUUUCUUUUCUUUUCUUUUCUUUUCUUUUCUUUUUGUUUUCUUACAAAAUGCAUUUUGUCAUGAGCUUCUUUCUGUUGAAAGCUGUAAGAUUGAAUAUGUUAUUUUAGUGUUAAUGACAUAACAGGCCUUUGUGCUCUUUGAAUGUAAUUACUUACCAGAGUAUUAGUCUUCAUUUCAUGCCACACACGUUCUGGUAACAUCCACAUUUAUUUAUAUAGUUGCUAGCCUAUUUUCUCACUGCUUUGCAAUGCAAUUGGAUUGGUAGAUUUAUUGACACUUUCACUGCUUCCAUUUGGAGAUUAUUUCCACAUCAUCAUCUCUGUCAUAAUGUUACCUGGUAUUUUUUCUUUCCUAACAAGGACUUCUUUCAUUAGUUUUAGUUUUUCUUCUGCUACUAUAAUUUCGUACUUCCCUUUUCUAUUCAUUCUCUAUUAGUUAUGUUCUACUUUGUUGUUAAGAGGCAGCAAAUCAGUUUUAAACUUGGGAACUGCAGAACUCUUCACUGGGUGUCCAGAACCUGCACCCAGUCAAAAAUAUUUUGUAGUUGUAUGUAUCAGUAUCCUCGCAGCAAAUCCCCUGAAAGACCAAAUAAACAGGAUUUUGAUACCAAUUUGUGUUCUCUGAGGUGAAAGUAGCACCAUCUUCUGUACCUGUUGGGCCACGAUGCACAGGGAUUACUGAGUCUUCCUGUCUCUGGAGACAAUCGCUGUAGGGCUGGAUGGGGCUCUGAACAAUCUGAUGGAGAUGUAGGCGUCCCUGUUCACUGCAGGGAUGUUGGACCAGAUAGCCUUGAAAGGUCUCUUCCAACUCGAAAUGGUGUUGCUGCUGUGCCUGCUUCAUGACCAUCCCCAUCUCUUGGCGCCGAUUCAUCUGCCUUUUUACUGUAAGACUGUUUCUGCUUCAGUCGGGUGAUGAGCUUCCAGAGGCGUUCCAAGGAGCUGCUUGUCACAAGGAAAGAAACCAUCAUCUUUUUUUUUACUGCUACUUGCAAGAUUGUCAUCAUCCAUCAAGAGAGCAAAUUUUUGCCUGUUUCUCUGUGGACUCCUAGCAAAAAGUUAUGGCUCUUUUUCCAAAGCCCAGUCUCCACACCAUGUGGGCAGCAGCAGGAGCACCAACUUCUGCCAGCUCAGUCAGGGACUUUUCCAUAGCAAAUAUCUACCUUACAGGAGAUGCACGUUCUGUUUAUGUUGUGACUUCAGGGUCACUUGAGACCAUAGGAAAUCUUAGCAGACACUUUGAUCUAUUUAAUGAAAGGACUGGGCACCCAGGCUUCUAUCAGACAGAUUGCUUACCGAGAGCGCAGAGAUUCUGUGGAUAAAAAGAACCUUCAAACCUUGGAAUCACCUCAGAUAUUCUUCAGACAAAACCCCUGUAGGAGCAAUCAUGAACCAUAUAGUUCUGUUGUUGCCUCUCCUGCUUUUCUUGCUGUAAAGGCUGACAUCUCUCAGGCCCUGGUCUUCCUAUUUAGUCACAUAAGGCUUUUGGACUCUGGGUGGCUCAGUCGUUUGUGAUGCCUUGCAGUCCUUUCAGCUUGUGCUUCCUGGGGGUUCCCUCCAUGAGAGUUUACUAGGACUGUUAGCAUGCACAUUUCAGUACAAUCAUUAACUCCUUCACACUAUGGAGGAAUUGCCCAUUAACCCCUGGGGCUUAAGCUAUCCCAUGCAUUUUGAGAAUGAGGAAGGCCAUAAUAAGAGCCUUCAAACUGUGUUGGGUCUUGAUGUCAAAUGGAAUGGUCGUCUUUCUUCAGAGGCUAUAAAGGCAGGUUAUGAACUCUUGACAGAAUAUGUCCUGAAACUUCCAAGAUGAAGCCACUUCUGAUGGAGCAAAAACUGUGUUGAGUGGAGUUUUUUUUUCUGAUGAAAUGUAAUCUUCCUUUGGAUGCUACUCAAGCAACCACAUAGAGAUUUCUUAAAUGUUACGUUACAGGAAAGGCAUGAGAAUUGUUGCCAUUCUCGGUAGAAGCAGUGCCACAGUUGCUUUCCAUGUGAAGGAUUCAGAGCUUCUCUCUCCAAGUAAAUUUAACCACAUACAUUUUUCAGCCUGUUUGACACCGUGGAGACCACAGUGGAGUGCUGCAUCCAGUUCUGGCCUCUCCAGAAAUAUGGAGCUCUUGGAGGAACCCUCAUGAAAGGCCACUAAGAUGAUGAAGGAGUCUGGAGCAUCUCCCUAUGAGGAAAAGUUGAGAGAGCUAGGACUGUUCAACCUACAGAAGAGAUGGGUUGUGGGGAUCUCAUCAGUGCCUAUAAAUACCUGGAAGGAGGUUGUUAAGAAGAUGGAGCCAGAAUCUUCAGUGGUGCCAGUGAAGGGUAAGAGACAAGGGGCACAAGCUGGAACAAAGUUUUCCUUUUUCAGUUACAUGUACCUUACUUCACUGACCUUUUAAAAGGUCGUAUUUAUGUCUCAAUUCUGCAUGUUAUUUUAUUUUAAAUGUGUCUAUGUAAUCGUUUACCAAUGUCAGAAGAAAAAAAAAAGUUCUUUGUUCUUUUGAUCUAUUUUGAUCUAUGUGCCCUUUUUUCUUUUGUUGAUGAGUUAUUGUUUAGUUGUACGAAGUUCAGCCCUUGGCUCUAAAAAGCCCUAGCUGCAGCUCGAAGUGAGAUGUAAAAACAAAGCGCAGAGUGCCCACUAGAUGCCGCUGUUCUAACAGGAUUCCUCCUCUUGCGGUUAUGGCGGAGAGUGAUCCAGGCAGCAAGAAAACAGUUUUUAGUAACAUGUUGUAAUUGAAUCUAUAUAACAAAUAUAAAUUAUCAACAAAUAAAUUGAUUUUAUUAUUUUGACAAGCUUCCUUUUAAAA